CCAGCUGCUGCUGCCCUCCUCCUCCUUUUUCAGCCAUGUCCUCCUCCCGCCAGCGCCCUCACGGUGCGCAUCCCGCUACGGCGCCAGCCGCCGCCGCCGCCAGCGCUGCCGCGGAGGAGGAGGCGCGCCGGUUCCGCUUCUCAGGCGGCGGCAGCGAUGCAGCCUUUGAGGCGCUGGAUUGGGGCUCGGCCUGCCCUGGCGGCGGUGGCGGCUGGGGCUCGGGCGACGGCGUUGGGCCGGGCGGCGCCGGCGCGCAGCCGCACCCUGCCCUGCGCGACUCAUAUGCUGGAAGUGGAAUUGCGGGCGCGGGCGCCGGCGCGGGCCCAGGCUCGUACUGCCCGCCUGCAGGCGCCUGGUCGGUGCACGCGUCGCCGGCACAGCAGCAACAUCAGCAGCAACAUCAGCAGCAACAACAGCAACAACAUCAGCAGCAACAACAGCAGCAGGGGCCGCUGGUGCCGUGGAUGGGUGAGGCCGAUGCAGGCCCCGUCCGUGGCGUUUGGGCGCCCGUAGAUGCACUGGCGGGUUGCGACGGCCGCCUGCCGCGUGCGGCCGGCGGCAGCGGCAAUGCCGAGGACUGGCUUUCGUGGUUCCAGAACAACUAGGCUUGCUUUUGGCACUGCCACCUCUGUGUGGAAUGUGUAGCUUUACAUGGCGUUAGCCGUCUCGGCACUGAGAAUAAAGGGUCUUGUGUGCGGUGCUUUGGGCUCCGUUGCAUGGGCGGAGUGGCUGGGCGAAUUGCUGCAUGACAGAGGAGAUGGGAGCGCUUGAUGGUUGGAAGUCAGGAUGGACACGUGCGGGGAAGCUACACGCUUCUGGUGUGCACAUUGAGUUACGUGUGUGACAGGGUGAGGGCUUACACCUCGUGACAUGUGGGUUUAGCAGUCGUGAAAAGCUCAAGAAAACACUGCUGCGCUCGCUCGUUUUACCGUACUGCACCGGAUGAUUUGAGAGGUGGACGUUGAGACAGUUUAUGACAUUCUGCACGAACUCUUUCUUCUUACCAGCGCGGCGGUGUUACAUCUUUAUACUCAAGCCUUUGUUUUCUUUGUGUGGCCUCACGUGGUCGCGCACUACUGCUGUGGCGAGUUAGAACGAGAGCUUGUGCUUGCAGCACAUGCUGCUCUGCUUGCUUCACGAGCGUGCGCCUAGCGCAGAAUCUCAAUCAUCAAUUGGCAAGUGCGUGCGCAAUCGUUGAGCGCUGGCAUCUUUCGUCCAGCAUGCGCGCGGGUGUCAGUUAAAGUACCGGUGACGGCACGGCUGUCACCAAGAUGGAUGGUGUGUUGCGUAGUCGGGGUUUUGUACGGUAUCAUCCCGGCGAGCUCGGACGCUUGGCGUGAGGUCACUUUGGCUUUACUCUUUUGCACCAACAGCUAUAGGGCGCACAGAGUUGCGGGUUCUUGAUUGCAUGAGCAUGAAAGCGAGCGGUGCUCAAGAGACACAUGUGCAUGUAUGCAACCAGUGACAGCACAAGCCGGAAUGGUCCGGCGUCGGGAGACUUGCUGCAUGCAGGUGAGAGGGAGCACAUGUUGCACUGUGAGCGAGUUCAUAGCGUGUGUUGGCAUUGCGGCCGUCGCAGGAGCUGGGGGUGGCAGGAUGCAGAGCUGCAUAGCGGCGAAGCGCGGUGGCUUGGCGAGCGCCGGCAAAACAGGCAGUAGUCAGUGUCAGUGGAGGCACAGCAGGGGACGCCGCUACGCCAACGCUUGCGGGGCCGAUAUGGAGGCUCCAUUUUGGGAGGCCGGAAAGCUGUGGACAUCACGUUGGAGUGCUCCCUAUGCCACGAGUGCGGCCUGGCAGGGGCCGCAGGGGCGCGGUGCAGACUGCACGUGCCCGGUUGCCCGCUUGUGUGGAAGGAAGGUGGGCAGGAUUGGGACGACAGGCAAGGGCCCGAGCAGGAGCCAAACAAGCAGGAGGUUGGAUGUCCGCAGAGAUGAGCAGGCCCCAUGGAUGUGGGGCGUAGCUGCCGGAGUGACGACAUUUGAGGGAAAAUGCUGAUUUGCUUUUACUGGUGCUGAGACGCUGGGACGUCGCGAUUGCGUUUGUUGGUCCCGGCUUCUCAUUUCUUUUUCAGGGGUUCUUGAGGACCUCUUUUGCUUUGUGGGUCCUGACUUGGGAGCGCAUAGUGCCUGCGCCCAUUGACUGGCCAUGGCCUGUCGCGCCCACAGUGCUGCCAGCACAGCUUGGCACUUGUCUUCUUUGGUUGGCGGGCUAUUUCCAUCUUUCUAUACAUAUCCUGAAGGUCAGAUUGCAGCUUUGUUACGUGGGUAACUUAGUCGUCGUCAAAAGUAGUAGGUGUGUGGCGGCGGUUUGUGUGAUUUGUUCUGUAAACCUAGGUGGUACUGUUCGCAACGGCAGCCCGCAGUUUGCGCGCGCGACUGGCCCCUACUAUUCGUCUUACUUCCGGUUUAGAAGUCCUUAGCCGUGCGCACAUGUGCGCUUGGUGGUAGUUUGCAUGUUCAGCAAUAAAGAGGGCCCUCUUCGUUGGCUCACGUGCUACUUCGUCUCUUACCCCCUUCGUACCGGCCCAAAUGGCCGCUUGCCUUUCCUCUCUCUAUUGCUAUUCGUACUGCGACCUUUGCGCAGUUCACGAGGUCUUUCUAGUUUGUGCGAUGCGCAUGGUUGGCGCCUGAUGUGUUUGGCUAGGAGAUGAACAUUGGCGGGAUACAAGCACGUGCUGACGCCCGUGUUGCAUGUACGCUGGGUGUAGCAAGCGCAGAGGGCACCUGAGGUGCCGACGGGCGCUGUAAGCCAUAUGUGAUUCAUCAAGUGACAACUGCGCACUGCGGAGCCAUUCCAGACGUGAAAUAUCUGUGCGAUCUGGACACCCCUUGAUCGACGUGUGUGCAACACGGCUUACUGCCCACCUUCGGUA